AUCGAACUCGGGUUUGACAUGCUGCAGUAAGAUAUAGACGCAAUGUGAAAUGAGAAAAUUGGGAGGUGAUUUAUUUCAGUAUCUCUGCAACUGAUAUAUGGAGACGGUCUGUUUGAUCUUCCACUCUGAUAAGUUAACCGAAGCAUGUUCCAAGAAAAAGAGCUGGAUUUCGGCCAUUUUGACGAAAGGGACAAGACGCGUUACUCAAAGGGUUCGAGGAUGAAUGGUUUGCCCAGCCCCACGCACAGUGCUCAUUGCAGCUUCUAUCGCACCCGAACCUUGCAAGCCCUUACCACUGAGAAGAAAGCCAAGAAGGUCCGUUUCUACCGUAAUGGGGACCGGUACUUCAAGGGCAUCGUGUACGCAAUAUCUGCUGACCGCUUCCGUACCUUUGAUGCUCUGCUGGCAGACCUGACCCGAACCCUGUCUGAUAAUGUGAACCUGCCUCAGGGAGUUCGCAUUAUCUUUACCAUUGAUGGAGCUGGGAAGAUCACCAGCCUUGAUGAACUGGAGGAAGGGGAGAGCUAUGUUUGCUCGUCACAUGACAUCUUUAAAAAAGUGGAUUACACUAAGAAUGUGAAUCCCAAUUGGUCUGUGAAUGUCAAAGCCUGUGGUACCCAGAAAGUGCCUCAGUCUCUGGCCAGUGCCAAGCACAUGACUGAAGUCAAAGAAACCAAGGAUUUUGUCCGCCCUAAGCUGGUGACUGUUAUACGGAGUGGAGUCAAGCCACGCAAAGCGGUCAGAGUCCUGCUCAACAAGAAAACGGCACACUCCUUUGAGCAAGUCCUUACCGACAUCACUGAGGCCAUUAAGCUGGAGACGGGGGUAGUGAAGAAGUUGUACACAUUGGAUGGCAAACAGGUGUCAUGUCUGCAAGACUUUUUCGGAGAUGAUGAUGUGUUCAUAGCUUGCGGUCCAGAAAAGUUUCGAUAUGCCCAGGAUGACUUUUCACUGGAUGAAAAUGAGGUGCACAGAAGUCGGACGAUGGGAGGUUUUGAUGUUGAAUGCCGUGUGGUGAAGACAAAUCCCGGGGGUAAAUCUGUUAAUGCCACACAAAGAUCUACAGGCAAGAGCUCUGGAACUUCACGUCGUAGUAAGUCUCCUGCUGAUUCUGCUAAUGGGACCUCGAGCAGCCAGCUCUCCACCCCAAGGUCAAACAAGUCUCCAGUCUCGACACCCAUUUCUACACCAACCAGCCCAGGAUGCCUUCGCAAGCACAAGGACCUGUAUCUGCCACUUUCUCUGGAUGAUUCGGACUCACUGGGUGACUCGAUGUAAGCCACCGGUGUGAGCGGAAGAGCAAGCAAGCAAAGUCUGGAAUUAGCCACCUGAAGUAGUGAGACUUGGAAAAGGAAAUCUGCCCAGUGCAGAGGUAUUGCUGUUGGUGCUCACAAAUUGCCAAGUGACACCAAUGAAAAAAAAACUAAAAAAAAAGCCAAAAAGUUGCCCUUUUUUUUUAAACAGUUUGUCCAUCACAUGAGAAACCUAGUAUCUUGGAAUAUCACUGCCUUUUUCUAAACAUCUGAUAUAAAGCACUGUGAGAAUAUUUCGUAAAACAAGCAGGUCUCUUGUACAUCACAUGUUCUGUGAAAAUUGUGCUCCUUGAUUUUCAAUUUCAUUGUGCAGCGUGAUUUUCCAUUCCUCUUUGAUAUUAAUGCGCUGUUGUUAUAUGCUUCGUUUAAAGAUCUGUUUUAGUUAUUGAGAACCUCUGCCAGUUUUUUCUUUGUACAAGAAAAUACUCUGCUGAGCAGAAAUGUUUUAACAUCCAAUUUGUUUAAAAAAGGAAAGAGAAAAAAACCCCAAAAAAAUCACUUAAGACACAUUAUUUAAACAUAAUACAUUGAUCUGAAAAUGGGAAUGAAUUUGAAAAUGAUAAGCAACUUAAUAAGACUAAGCAUAAUGCUUUUCUAAAAUUCAAUUUGAUCAUGUUUGUUUAAUACAUUUUUUAGCAACAAAAUGAUUCUGAUUCUUGCUUUUUAUGACAUUUUGAAUGGUAGAACUAUUUAGGAUUAGAUUAACACAACAAAUCUACAAUUUACUAAUAAGAACACAGUGUUCUUAAACUUUUUUUUAAUUUGUGAAUGUGUUCACUGUGCAAUUAUUAAAACCAGUUUGUAAUUAAACUUACUGAAUAGCAUUAAUAGAAUACUUGUAAGAUCUGGUGGUGAAGGUUUUUCUUUGAAGACAGAUUUGAAAGUGAAAAGGAAUGUUGACUUGUUACUGGACUAGAAUUAGCAUGAAAUAAAUUUCCCAUGUAUAGAACUGAUCUUCUUUCUUGAUUUAGAGGAGAUAUUUACUGCUUUGCUUGACUUGACAUUCAGCUUGCAGGCUGAUGUUGCUUGAUGUGGAAUUCAAAUGUCAGGGCACAGUGAGGCCUCUUACAUUCCACAAGCAAUCUUUGAAGAUUCAUGAUCAGAUAUUCUCUGUUCUGUUCUAUACUCGCAGAAUUUCUUAAGAUGACCAUGUUCAGGAAAGAAAUGACCCUGUAAUACCCUGGUUUUCGCAGUGCCAUGAAUUCCGUCCCUUUUCAACAGUGCAAGUUGGAUCCUGUAGAAAUAGCUAAGUAGCCCUUUGAGCUCCAUUUUAUUGAAUAUUGUAGCUAACAACUUUAUUUUUAGGCCAUAAGCUCCUGUCAGCCUUUAGCCAAGAAAAGUAUAUCUUGAAAGGGAUUGGUUGAAAGAAGCCUUCAGGGUGGAAAUUUAUCUUGUAGUAGGUUGUGCGCAAUUGAUUGUGCUUCUGAAAUUCAGUUCCAGACGUAAAUCUGAGGAGUGGUGGUCAGUGCGAGCAUGCACGUUUAGCAUGUACAAAGCUGGAUGAAUUUCAACACUUUGAUGUAUUGCGAUGAGUACAUUGCCAAUUAAUAACUAUGAUUGAUAUCCAUGGUUCAAAUAUCCAGUGGUGCCAUAGUGCAAAAAUUUAUUGCUCACUUAUAUUUAAAAGCAUCCAUUGUUUAAUAGCCAUAAAAAGAGGGAGGUAGAGAGGAUUAUUAAGGAAGACGUUUGUCUAUAGGAACAAUCAUAGAACACAAUGGUAAUCUCUGCCUUCCGAAAUACUUUAAUUACUUGGAUUCUUUUGUAAUCUUGUCGCCAUUUUCUAAUGCGGGCUAUUUUUGAUACAAUUCUAAUUCACUUAAUACCAACUCAAUACAGUUCAAACUGUGCCCAGGAAUUAAACACGUAUCCAUUAAAAUGAUAAGGGAUUUUGAGAAGAAAAGGAAGACACUCAACACAAUUUCUGUACCAGGAUGUCCAUAGUUUUGGCCUUGGAGAAUUAUUUUCAAAGGUGUUGUGAGACUUCUAAAUGGGUAAUAGACUAACCUGUAGAUCAUAAAGGGCAUGCACAAUAAUGCCACGUUUGGGUACAUCACUUGUUGAUAUUUCUUGCAUAAAAUUUUAUUGUAUAUUUGAAGCCCUUGAAAACACUGAAGCAACCAGAGGUUUGAAGGCUGCUCAACCCAGUUUGGCUGAGCAUCAAAAUCUGAGGUAGUGAUUUUCUCACCAGUAAUUUCCCAAACCCCGCUCCUCAACCUCUCCUUGUUGCCAGAUACCUCAGAACUCCAAUCAUGCCCCACUUCCAAAAUCAUCUGCCCAAUUAUCUUCUCAUUUUCCUGAACCAUCUUAGUUAUCCACCACAUCUCAGACGUUCAAGGUUUUUAGAGAGAGCUGACCAGGAGGAAGUGUUGACAGCCUAUAUUUCUCCUCCGCCUCUCACCCCAUCCUCAGCUCACCUCCCAGUGGCUUGAUAAUAGGAAGCAGAGGCUGAUGCUGAAAGCUCGAUUCUCUGACUGGAGGCCUGUGACUUGUUGAGUGCCCCAGGAGUCUGUGCUGUGACCUCUGUUAUUCAUUAUGUAUACAAAUAAUUUGAAUAUACAUGGUACAAAUUCCAAAUUAGAGGAUCUUGUUGCUAGAGAAGCAGGUUACAAUGAACUAUACAGAGAACUUGAUCAAUCACAAAAUGGGCUAAGGAACGGCAGAAGGAUUCUAACUUGGAUAAGUGUGAGGUGAUGCAUUUUGGACAUUUAAACCAGGGUAGGAGCUACAUAGUGAAUGGAAGGGCACUGCCGUGUUUUGUGAAGUAGGGAGACCAAGGAAUAUAAGUACACAGUUUGCAGAAAGUGGCCCCACAAUAUACAGGGUGGUAAAGAUGGCAUUUAUCAUGCUGGCCUUCAUUAGUCAAGGCAUCGAGCUUAGGGGUAAUAUGUCGCAGUUAUAUAAGUUGUUGGUGAGGCUGCACUUGGAGCAUCAUGUACAGUUUUGGUCACCCUGUUACAGAAAAGAUAUUGUCAAGCUGGAGAGGGUGAAGGAGAGGUUUACUAGGAUGCAGCGUGGAUUACAGGACCUGAGUUACAGGAAGAGGUUGACCACACUGGAUCUUUAUUCCUUGGAGAGUAGGAGAACAAGGUUUGACCACUUAGAAGACUAUAAAAUCACACAUGGUAUGAAUAAUGUGGACAGUCAGAGUCUUUUCCACAGGGUGGGAUGUCCAGAACUACAGGGCAUAGAUAAGAAGGAAAGAUUUAAAAGAGACCUGAGAGGUAACAUCUUUACAUAGAGGGUGGUGAAAACCUGGAAUGAACUGCUGAGAGAAGUGGUUGAGGUAGGUGUAACUGCAACACUGAGGGGGCAUUUACUGCAAAUAGAUACAUGGAGGCAAAGGGCUUGGAGAGUUAUGGGCCGAGCGAGGGCAGCUGAAACAAGCAAGCUGGAUGCUAAGGAAGGCACAGGCCAUUUCGGUGAGCCUGUUUCCAUGCUGUAUUGCCCUAUGACUGUGGAUUCUUAUCUUCAUAAUCCCAAUUACCUGUCAGAUACCUAAUCCCGAAUUGCCCCCCCACUGACACUCCCUCUCAUUGUGUUGAUCUUCCAAUUCCAGGUCCAUUACCAUCUCCCCAGUUUUCCACCCAACCCACACAAUCUUCUCUCUAGCUUUCUAUGCAGUCCCCAUUCUCUACACAGAUGGGAGAUCUCAGUGGAAAGUGCCACUCUACCGACCCUCUCCCACACACCUCACUAUACCCAGGACAGUGCCUUAUUUGCAGUCCUCAAAGGGUUAACUCAAUAAAGAUUAUCAAGUAUGGAGUCACAGAGUUUUGUUGGACAUUACACCUGAUUCCGAAUGUUUCUAGCUGACUAGCUUCCAUGGAGUCAUAGAAUAAUAAUACAAAAUGGCCAUAGGCCCUUUGGCCCAACUGGUCCGUGCUGUUCACCUUGCAUUCAGCCCUUAACCCUCUAAACAGCUUCGGUCCAUGUACCUAUCCAAAUGCCUCUUCAGUGUUUCAAUUGUACACUCCUCGACCACUUUCUCUGGCAACUUAUUUCAGAUAUUCAGUACUCUUCCAUUUAAUUUCCAUGAUCCUGAAUCUCAACCUUUGGAGUUAAUACAAACUUUAAGAUGAAAUAUGACAGCGUGCCCUCAUCAAGAUGAGGAGGAAUAGUCAACAAAGAAACUGUUCCCAGCCUGCUACCUCUCAUUCUUCACCCAGCAGAAUCGUAUCAGUCAUGAAGAGGGCAGGAGCUAACAUAAUUCCACAAUUCCAGCAGGAAGCAAACAUACUGACAGGGAGUGGCUGAAGAUAGGAUCUGGAGCAGGGAAUGCAGAACAUGGAUUAUAACUGUGUCAUGUCAGUUCAUCAACAUGAACUGAAGCCACGUCAUGCCAUUUCAAGUUCAGAUGAGCUAAGUGUCACUCCUUUAAUAGCAAAUACAGUGCAGUAUUACAUGUAAAAGCAGGAGUUUGCAUUGUGUCCCUUAUGGACAACUUGUAAAGUGUAGCAACAGAGCAGUUGGCCUAUGAGUAGUUCAAUUAGUAUCAGUGCACAAGGUUCAUAGCAAUUGGAGAAGAGGCUUGGGCCUUUUAUAAGCAAGAUCUGCUUAAGUGCUUUAAACUGCACAUCAUUAGACUUUAUAUUGUGGCAAUCCCUGGCUGCUCAGGAUUUGCCCUGCAUACACUGUAGGGUGGAUUAACUGAGGUAACUGAGCACAUUAAAGCCCGCGCACAAGCUGUGAUUCAGUAAUCUCCAUUCGUGGGUCUUCGCAGUUACUGGCCUGGACAGCUGAUUAAACUCCUGCCCCAAGAAGGUAGCUUUUAAUAGAUACAAUUAGUUGCUCUGGUGGCUCUUGGCCUGUCCAGGCAGAUCGACCUUGCUGUGAGGUUACGCUCUGUGCUUCCAGGGGAAGGGAGUGAGACCGCUUUAUGAGGCGAAGCUCUAGGCUGCAGCAAUUGAAAUGACAUGAGACAAAUUCCCCUCAAAUCCCCCUCAAGGCAAAUUCACUGGUUAGUCUACGUUGCAGCAUGCUCCUGUGAAGAGAGCGUAGGUGAACUGCUAGUAACUGAAAAGAAUGCAGUUUGAUAGUAAUACUAACAAGCACUAUAUUUAUUCAACAAAGUAUCAUCACCUAUGGCUCUGAGUGUAUUACAGUGGUAUCUUUUAUUUUUAAUUGAAUAUUUUAGCCAAAGUGGCAGUUGAUUUGUAUGUGUCCUUUUAAACUAGACAAAGGCUCACAGAGACUAAAGCCAGUCUCUGAUUAGCAUAUCUGGCCAGCCUAAAAUGAAAGCUGGUGUAAAUGGUCCAAAUGUUACAAAUAGAGAGCAAAUUACAAAAGAUAAAAAAGAAACCUUUAUAAUAGACUGAAGCGUUGCCUGCUACGUUCUGCAUUCAUUCUUCUUUUUGCCGUGCACAUCAUGGGCAGUGCAACCUGGGACUGCCAGCGUUCCCAUGGAAACAGAUGGGCUGUUUUUGUCGCCAUGCAACAAGAGACAUGCGGGAAUCAGUGGCACUGUUCCCAUAAUUGGCUGUUGCCGUGUGAGGCAGCGACAUCAAUGUAAAA